AUGGCUAUCAGAACAUGGAGAUCUCCUGAAGCCAUCUUCUCUUCGUCUUCUUCCCCUCGUUCCAACUGGAUCUAUGAUGUUUUCUUGUGUUUCAGAGGCGAAGACACACGCAAAAACUUCACCGACCACCUCUACUUUGCUUUGAAAGAUGCUGGAAUCAAAAUCUUUAAAGAUGACAAUGAGCUCCGAAGAGGACAAUACCUUGCAUCUGAACUAAUACGGGCAAUCCAAGGAUCCAAAAUCUCUAUCAUUGUUUUCUCAAGGAACUAUGCGGCUUCUAGGUGGUGCAUGGAGGAACUUGUGGAAAUUAUGGAGUGUCGAAGAACUUUGAAGCAACUGGUUCUACCUAUAUUCUAUGAUGUUGAGCCCUCUGAUGUGAGAAACCAAACGAGUAGUUUUGCAGAAGCAUUCGCGAAACAUGAAGAGCAUUACUUGUUGGACGUGGACAAAGUUUUCAAGUGGAGAAGAGCUUUGUGUGAGGCUGCUAAUUUGUCAGGGUGGGAUCUAAGAAAAACUGCAGACGGGCAUGAAGCAAAGUUUAUUAGGAAAAUUGUUGAAGAGAUUUCAAGAGAACUGAACAACACACACUUGUUUAUAGCACUUUACCCAAUUGGAGUAGAUUCUCAUGUUCAAGACAUAACUUUUGGGUUAAAUGUUGGAGCUAACGAUAUUCGCAUGGUAGGAAUCUUGGGAAUGGGUGGAAUUGGCAAAACAACCAUUGCUAAAGCCAUUUAUAACCAAUUUUUUCAUGGACUUGAAGGUAAAAGUUAUCUUGCAAAUGUUAGGGAAACUUCCAAGGAACCUAGGGGUCAGGUUCAUCUCCAAGAACAACUUCUUUUUGACAUAUUGAAGACAAGCGAGAUAAAGAUAAGUAGUGUUGAUAGAGGAAUCAAUAUGAUUAAAGAAAGACUUUGUAAUAAAGCAAUACUUGUGAUACUUGAUGAUGUAGACCAAAUGGAGCAACUGAAUGCCAUAUGUAGGCGUGACUGGUUAGGUUUGGGAAGUAGAAUUAUUAUAACAACGAGAGAUGAGCAUUUGCUAAAGGAGCUAGAAGUGGAUAGUGUAUAUAGAGUUACAGCAAUGAAUGACAUUGACUCUCUUGAGCUCUUUAGUUGGCAUGCCUUUAGGAAUAGUUAUCCUAUUGAAGAUUAUACUGAUUUAUCAAGAAGUGUCAUUGCUUACUGUGGAGGGUUGCCACUAGCACUUGAAGUUUUGGGCUCAUUCCUUUUCUCUAGGAGCAUGCUAGAAUGGAAAAGUGCAUUAGAUAAAUUGAAGAGGAUUCCUCAUGAGCAAAUUCAAAAUAAACUUAGAUUAAGUUUUGAUGGACUAAGCGACAAUACUGAAAAGGAUAUAUUCCUUGACAUAUCAUGUUUCUUCAUAGGAAAGGAUAUAGACUAUGUUGUAAAAAUAUUGGAUGGCUGUGGUCUUUUUGCAAAGAUUGGAAUUAGUGUCCUCAUUCAGCGGUGUCUUCUUAAAGUUAGUGAGACAAACAAGUUUACAAUGCAUGAUUUGUUGCGAGACAUGGGAAGAGAAAUCGUUCGUGAAAAGCACCCCAACGAACCUGGGAAAUGGAGUAGAUUAUGGCUGCAUGAGGAUGCAUAUGAUAUAUUGACAAAGCACGAGGGAACAAAUGCAGUUGAAGGACUUCUUUUAGAAUUGACAAGUCUAAGUAAGAUGAAUUUCAAUUUAGAAGCAUUUAUUAAGAUGCAGAGACUAAGAUUACUCCAACUUGAUCACGUACGACUCACUGGAGACUAUAAAUAUCUUUCCAAAGAAUUAAGGUGGCUCUGUUGGCAUGGAUUCCCUCAAAAGUUUAUUCCAAAUGACUUUUAUCCAAGAAACUUAGUUGUGAUUGACUUGCAAUAUAGCAAUCUCAAAAAAGUUUGGGAAAGUCCCAAGCAGUUGCUUGAGAAGAUGAAAAUUCUAAAUCUUAGUCACUCUCAUUAUCUAAGUCAGACCCCUGACUUUUCAAAACUCCCAAAUCUAGAGCAAUUAAUACUUGAAGAUUGUACGAGUUUGCUUGAAGUUCACCACUCCAUUGGAGAUCUUAGUAAUCUUGUUUUGGUGAAUUUGAAAGAUUGCAAAUGCCUUAAAAGUUUGCCAAGGAGUUUGUAUAAGUUGAAGUCUCUAGAAACUCUCAUUCUUUCUGGGUGUUCUGAAAUGAAAAAUUUGGCUGACAACUUGGGGGAGAUGGAAUCAUUGACAACUCUUCUUGCAGACAAAACUGCUAUAAGACAAGUGCCUUUUAGUAUAGUGCAACUGAAGAAUCUCAAAUAUUUAUCUCUAUGUGGUCCUAAGUCAGUCAAUCUAUUGCCUGCUGCACUACAAGGCUUGAACUCACUAACACACUUAUGUCUCUGGGACUGCAAUUUAUCGGAUGACGGAAUUCCUACAGAUCUUUGGAAUUUAUGUUCUCUUAAAAUUUUAGAUUUAAGAUGCAAUAGUUUUGAAAGUCUAUCAACAAGCCUAGGUGGUCUUUCGAAGCUUCAAGAUCUCAGAUUGGAUCGCUGUAGAAAGCUUAAAUCAAUUCCGAAUUUACCAGCAAGUUUGAUUUUUUUAGAUGCAAGACACUGCACUGCACUGGAAAGAAUGCCAGAUCUAUCAAAGCUCUCAAAUAUGAAUGGAUUGUACCUUACUAACUGUCACAAAUUAGUCGAAAUUCCAGGUCUGGAUAAGCGGUCAAAUCCUAUUGUGUCUGUUGGCAUGGAAGGGUGCAUUAAUCUAACACAUACUUUUAAGCAAAGCAUCCUACAGGAAUGGGUUAUGCGUGGAGUUGGUAGCGUGUUUGGCAUUUUCCUCCCCGGCAAUCACAUCCCCGAUUGGUUCAUGUAUCAGUGUGAGGGUCCCUCAGUACAUUUUAAAGUACCUACUAUUGAUCCCUUGUUGAAAGAGUUUGGUGUAUGUGUUGUCUAUGCAUCACGCGUUCAAGUAUUAUCUUCAUAUAAAGGUAGCAUGUCAUUUAUCAACCAUACCAAGAAUACUAUUCUGACUAAUUUGGCAACAACAAGUGGUGGCCCAUUCCCUCUUGGAGAUCACCUAUUGCUACGCAAUAUUGUUCUUACCAAUGAUUUUGAGCAUGGUGAUGAAGUAGAGGUUCUUGUAGAUUGGGGGCCUAAAAUCAUUGUGAAGAAAAUAGGGGUCUAUCUAGUAUAUGAAAGGGUUGUUGAUGGAAAAGAUGAGGAUCAUCCCAUUGUUGUCAGUGAUGAUGAGGAUGACAAUAACAAUAUAGAAAACAGAUGCUCCUUUAAGAGAAAAAUGAGAUCUCCAAAUAUGAUUGAUGAUUCACAAACUUCGAUGAAAGAGAAAAAGCUCAAAAAGCUUGCUACAGAGGAAAAUGACUAUUAUUUUUACUCUUUUGUGACGAGAUCUCAAAAGUUUCAAUUUGAGUAG